AUGGACUGGACCAAGUGCCUCGUAGUGUUUUGUUUUUAUCACUUGAUACUGGUGACAUCAACGGAACCGCCAUGCGUGAUCGACCUGCAGUGCGCGGAGUGCGUGCCGGCCAACAUGCCGCUGGUGUCGGCGCUGGCGGCGGCGCACGGCGACGAGCUGCAGCUGUGGUGCGGCGCGGGCCGCCUGCUGGCCUACCCGCUGCGCUCGCGCCUGGCCGCGCGCUGCGAGGCGGGCCGCUACCGCGUGGCGCUGGACGGCUCGCUGCGGCACCUGCUGGAGCUCGGCUGCCAGGAGAGCGUCUUCGAGGACGUGCUGCACUCGGUGGAAUACUGCUCCCCGCCGCUGGCAGGCCGUGCCUACCAGCUCCAGGAGGAAAACUCUAGCGUCCGACACUUGGCCACGCUCUGUUUUGACGAGGACCGCGGCGUCGCGACGUUUGCUCGCGUCAGCAACGCACCCGCCAAUACCCUGCGCCUCGCGCCGCAUUCCGACCGCCACGCGCCGCUGACACUUUUCGGCAACUUCAACAGUAUGUUCGACUCUAACACGAGACACGUCGCCGACAAGCUGUACUCGGAUGACGUCCGGAUGAACAGACGCUUGCACGAGCUGUUCAAGUACGACAAGUUCUCGUUCGCGGACCAGACGCUCACCGCCGCCGGACUGCUCUCCGGACAAUACUUCGACGACCAGAACGCACGCGUUGCAGACUUCGUCUCGAACAAGGUGGCCGUGUGGAAGAGCGUCGCGACCGGAAACCUCGAACACAUGCAACGUGACGUCGCCAAGUUCCUGAAGAUGUCGCGGCCGCACGCUACGGUGGACGUGUACGCGGGCACGCACGGUAACAUGUCGCUGCGGACGGGGCACACCCGGAAGGAGGUUUACCUGCGUGCGGAGCGGUUCCCGGUUCCCAAGUAUAUCUGGACGGUGAUUCUGGACCGAGCAGCGAAGCGCGGGCUCGCACUGGUAGUGCUGAAUGACCCGUUCGUAUCGGUGAGUGAGAUCCGCGAGACGGUGUUCUGCGAGAGCGCGUGUGCGCGGGUAUCGUGGCUGUCUGUACUGCGUCGCCAGCGCAACUACGAGAGUCCACUGUACGGGCUCGCAUUCUGCUGCGAUGUGCAUAACUUCGCGGCCGUCGUGCAAGAGUUCCCUAACGCGCUGCUCGCCGACGUGCGGCCGGGGCACGAGGGCAUGCUCACCGAGUUGAACACGUAAUGUCACGUCAAAUGAACACCGAUAUUCAAACCUUUUUUCCCACACCUGCUGGUUGUAUAUAAAUUAUAUUGAACAUUAAUUGUAUAAGUAUGGAAAGCGUUAGCAAUAUGGAAUAUAGCUUACAGGUAUAUAUUUUCUACGUCAAGGUUUAUGGUGACAAUAAUAGAUCAUAGUGCAUAUCAAUUAAUGAUUGUUGUACAAAUUUAGCACUUUCAAAGCAGCAUCAGGAAUGAUGAACAUUAUAUUUGCUACUGUCACCAGAUUCUCAAAAAAAAAGCACUUUUAUAAGAAAAUAAAAGUGUGUCUC